GAUGAGGGCGGCGGAGAACGCGGGGAGGGAGCCCACCCGCGAGGAGCCGUCUGCCGCGACGGUGCGGGGAGCUUCCGGGAACCGAACUCCCUGAGGGCUCCUCGGGCGCGGGCGGCCGCUUUUCACCCCGCCGUCUCUCCUUCCACGUUCCUCAUUCCCACCCAAAGACUUAGGACAGAUAGCGAUUUUCCACUUGUGAUUUUAGCUGGCGGGAAAUCCGCGACCUGGGAAGGGAAGGGGUCACGGCUGCGUAGGGCCACGGUACCGCGACUCCCACCUCAGUGUCACAGCGCUGGCUUUUGGUGGUGCAAAUGCAGCCCUGAGGAUUUGGCUACUGCAUAUAACAACAGGGGGCAAAUCAAGUACUUCAGGGUUGAUUUUUAUGAAGCCAUGGAUGACUACACAUCUGCCAUAGAAGUCCAACCCAAUUUUGAAGUUCCAUAUUACAACAGAGGGUUGAUACUGUAUAGGCUGGGAUAUUUUGAUGAUGCUUUGGAAGAUUUCAAGAAGGUCUUAGACUUAAAUCCUGGAUUUCAAGAUGCUACUUUGAGCUUAAAACAGACUAUUCUAGACAAAGAAGAAAAACAAAGAAGAAAUGUUGAAAAAAAUUAUUGAGAUUUUUAACUUAAUGGAAGUAUUGCUUCAUGAUCCUUACAUCUGCAUCUAGUUAUCAGUAAUUUAAAAUAGAUAUUGAGCUAUUUUGAUUUAUAUUUAAGAAAUUAAUACAUUAGCACUGAAAGUUAAAUAGUGUGUUUAAGGUAGUUAAUUUCAGGUUGAAUGGAUUUUUUUUAUGAAGUGUAAAUAAUACCAAUGUAUAAGUGUAUAUUAUUAUAUUAAAUAUUACAGUAAAAAGGAAUGUGUGGUGUUUUCCUCAGUAAAACUAUUUUUGUGAUUUUUUUAUUCUCAACUUUUUAUUUAAAAAAUGUUACAUCUACGGAAAAGUUGAAAGUAUAAUAAAAUAAACUCUUCAAUUAAAUU